GUAACCGAGCCGCCUGUAUUCUUCACACGGCGUCUCUUCGCGGCCAUGGUAACACUUUGCCCAACACUGCGCCUCUGAUUCAACAAUUAACAGCACAAACACGCUGUUUUCAUGCAGCUAUUAUUCAGCAUGAAUUUGGCAGAGAUAUGUGACAACGCCAAGAAGGGCCGUGAGUAUGCUCUGCUGGGCAACUAUGACUCCUCCAUUGUUUACUACCAGGGAGUCAUUCAGCAGAUCCACAAGCACUGUCAGUCCCUCAGGGACCCUGCUCUCAAAGUCAAAUGGCAACAGGUCAGGCAGGAACUGACUGAGGAGUAUGAGCAGGUGAAAGGCAUCAUGGCAACGCUGGAGAGCUUCAAGUCAGAGAAGCCAGUUGACAUCCUUGCCCCUCAGUCUGAGGAGAAGUUUGAGGAUCCAGCAGUGUGGCCCCCUCCCACCCCUGCAGAACACAGGAAUCCUGUUGCAGUGAAGCGCCCCAACAGUGCAGUGAAGCAGCAGAGGAAAGACUCCCCUGGGCUGCAGCAUCGAGGAGCAGGGCCAGGAGGCCGCAGCCAGGCCAACCCGAAACCAGACAGGCCAGGUUUCAGAGACGCCCGAGGCACAAAAGCCAAAGACGAUAAGGGGAAGAAAGGGGUCGGAGAUGCACCAGGGGAUGUAGAGCAGAAGAAGUUUGACAGCACUGGACAUGACAGCGACCUGGUGGACUCACUGGAGAGAGACAUUGUGUCCCGUAACCCUAACGUACACUGGGACGACAUUGCUGAUCUGGAAGAUGCCAAGAAGCUGCUGAGAGAAGCUGUGGUGUUGCCUAUGUGGAUGCCCGACUUCUUUAAGGGCAUUCGUCGCCCCUGGAAGGGCGUGUUAAUGGUUGGCCCUCCUGGGACAGGGAAGACCAUGUUAGCCAAAGCUGUGGCCACAGAAUGUGGGACUACUUUCUUCAAUGUGUCCUCCUCCACCCUCACCUCCAAAUACAGGGGCGAGUCUGAGAAACUUGUUCGUCUACUUUUUGAAAUGGCUCGGUUUUACGCACCGACAACUAUCUUCAUAGACGAGAUCGAUUCCAUCUGUGGCAGAAGAGGAACAUCGGAUGAACAUGAAGCCAGCCGCAGGGUCAAAUCAGAACUCCUGGUUCAGAUGGAUGGUGUUGGGGGAGCUCUGGAGAACGAUGACCCCUCUAAGAUGGUGAUGGUUCUCGCAGCCACCAACUUCCCCUGGGACAUCGACGAGGCGUUACGACGACGACUAGAGAAGCGGAUCUACAUCCCUCUGCCCACAGCUGUGGGUCGUGUUGAGCUUCUUAAGAUCAACCUGCGGGAGGUGGAGGUGGCUGCCGAUGUGGACUUGGACCUCAUUGCUGAGAAGAUUGAGGGCUACUCUGGAGCGGACAUCACCAACGUCUGCAGAGAUGCGUCCAUGAUGGCGAUGCGUCGUCGAAUCCAAGGCCUGACCCCCGAGGAGAUCCGAGCUCUGUCCAAAGAUGAGCUGCAGAUGCCCGUGACCAUGGAGGACUUCACCCUCACGCUCAAGAAGAUUUCAAAGUCUGUCUCUGCUGCCGACCUGGAAAAAUACGAAGCCUGGAUGGCUGAGUUUGGGUCAGUAUAGAGAACAGUACUGUUUAGACUCACAGGGGACCAAAACCUUGAACAGAGGACUUUGAAAAUGAUGAAAGCCUUGAAGGAGAGGGACCUGGGAGUGUAUGUCAUGGAGCUGAGUGACCUCUAGUGUGUGAACCAGGCAGCACAUCAGGGAUCAAGAUUACACAGGGGCUCAUGUUCACAUCAGAAGACUGGUGCCUUUGAGAGAGCACGAUGAGAAGUGUCAGUGGCUGCACUCCUGCCCUUUCACACACUCUUCCCUUGUUGUUUCUCCAGCACAAUUGUUCAUGUAGAGACUAUCAAUCAUCCAGCUGCUGGCUGACUGACUUAAGUGACCUGAAGAAGAAAAGGGAACUUUAAAUGUAAAAAGUAGCCUAAUACUCACAGGUAGACCAGGGAAUGCACGCUAGUUUUACUUAAGCAAGGCCUUGUGCAAGAAUAUUUCUGUAUUCCCUAAACCCAUGGUACUUUGUAUCUGAAGCUUGUUCGUAUGAGUGUUAUACAUCGAAUUCACCAAACAGACCUGUCGUUAAUUGCUCAUUUCAAACUGAUGACUGCCAACUGUUUACAAGAGGGUGAGUGUUUGUCAGAAUCAGUCAUUUGGAUAAUCAGCGCCCCUAAAACUGCCAUGAAAGACUCCCUGCUCUGCUC